AAAAAGAUGAGACAAAUAAAAAUGUUAUAAAGCUAUUAAAGUUUCUUUUGCAUGAUAAAAAAAUAUAAUCAUAAAGAUCACGAUCACGAGUUGUCUUAGCUGUAUAAAUAGAGCUCGCAGACUUAAUUUAAUUGAAGUUAAUCAUUCUUAAAAAUGGAUCGUUGGUCGAAUAAAGUGGCCGUUGUGACGGGAGCUAGUUCUGGAAUUGGAGCGGAAAUUGUGAAGGAUCUCGUGCGAGGAGGAAUGAUUGUUGUUGGACUAGCAAGGAGAUCGGAAAAAAUUGAAGAAUUAAAGAAAGAUCUUCCCAAUGAUCGUCGCAAAAAUCUCCAUUCAAUGCAGUGUGAUGUGACGAAGGAGGAGGAAAUUGUGGCAACAUUUGCAAAGAUAAAUGAAAAAUUUGGUGGAGUUGAUGUUCUCAUUAAUAAUGCUGGAAUGGCAUUUAUGGAUCUAAAGCUGACUGAUCCGGGAAAUUCUGUGGCAUUCAAUGAUACAAUGCAGACAAAUGUCUUCGGAUUGAUCAAUUGCACGCGUGAGGCUAUUGGAAUAAUGAAGAAGCGCAAAAUUCACGGCCACGUCAUCAACAUCAACAGCAUCCUUGGGCAUAAUGUUGUCUUUCCCCCACCUGGAUGGGAAGCAAUGAACUUCAAUGUGUACGCAGCUUCGAAGUUCGGUGUGACUGCCCUCACGGAAAUCCUUCGUCAGGAGAUGUCAAAGGAUGAACUUCCCAUCAAAAUUAGCUCAAUCAGCCCAGACGUGGUGCAGACAAAUCUCACUGAAAUGUUCAGCAAGCAAAACUUGGCCAAAACACCUCAUCUCCUCUCCUCUGAUAUCUCUCAGGCUGUUGUCUACGUACUCUCAACUCCCCCGCAUGUGAAUGUUCAAGAUGUUCUACUGAGGCCCCUUGGGUGCCGCUAUUAAAUCACACAAAGUGAAUAAAUGGGUGGGAAAAUAUAUUAUUUUAAUGUGCGGAAUUUCACGCAAUAUCUCGAUA